AUGGACCAGGAGGCCGUCAGUCAGAAUGGCCAAUCUGAAUGGACCAUCGAGUCUACCAGGCUACCCGAGUUCUGCCCACCGGGUCUCGAGGUGGACCAUGAAGAUACGAAGAUCGAGAUAGAAAAUCCCUACGUGAUAAACCCCAUCGAGAAGGACGACAGUAUCGAUGAGGUUGACAGAUCCUGGCUCGGGGGAAAAUACUUCCUCCCCAACGAUAGGACCGAGUUGUCUAGACUGGAUCGCCAACAUAUCAUGUGGACUCGUAUCCUAGACGGUGACUUGGUCAAAGGGCCUGUCACGGAACCUAAGCAUGUGCUUGAUCUGGGUACUGGUAGCGGCAUCUGGGCGAUGGACUUCGGUAAGACCUCGCACCGCUCCACGUUUGGGAUUCCGCAGAACUGCAGAUUUGAAGAGAGAGACUUCAUGGACCCAUGGGAUUACCCGCAAAAGUUCGACCUCGUUCACGGCCGACUGAUCUUCGUCGCGCAGCGCGACCCGCGGAAGCUAUUGCAACAGGCAUUCGAAUCCUUGGCCCCUGGAGGCUAUCUCGAACACCAAGAGCUGUACGGCGUGCCCAUCGGCCUGGACGGGAGCUACAGCGGGACGUUCAUGGAGCAGUUCUUCUUCGACACUGUGGUUGCAUCAAAGAAGCUGGGGAACAACAUGCUCACGAUCCAGAAGUACAAACGAUGGAUGACGGAGAUCGGUUUCGAGGACGUGGUUGAGCUUCAUCGGGCGCUGCCUCUCAACCCGUGGCCGGCCGGCGCGUACAAGGCCAUUGGGGAGAUGCAGCAGAAGAACUUGGAAGUCGGCUUCGGAGGUCUAUACACACGAAUGCUGACGAAAGGUCUUGGCUGGUCCCCUGAAAAGACGGCAGACGCUAUCAAGAAGGCCCUGGAGCAAGUUCGCGCCAAGAAUAUCCAUGCUUACUUUCCGAUUUUCGUCGUCUACGGGCGCAAGCCGCUGAAUGCAGAAUGA